AUGUCUUUUGGAAAUAGCUAUCGCAACUCUGAUAUCGGCCUGACGGUCCUGCGCAAGGCGUCAGAGGCCGCAGAAUCAGUAGUGGACGUUGUAAUAGUAACGACACCAGGAUUCCCGAGGGCGAAAGAGUGGGCACUCUGCACACUGCACGAAAAGACGAACUCAAUAUCGGAUGUCAACAUCUAUGCCUACGAGGCAUGGUCAUCAUUCGACGAAGAGUUUACGUGGGAAACGCCAUUGAACCAUGGCAAAUUACUUGUCAAUCUCCUCGCCACGAGACAGAACUCUGGUGCUGAGAAUACCUCUUUGAGGCCCAUCGUCUUGAUGGCACACAGUCUUGCUGGCUUCAUAGUAAAACAAUGUUUGGUUCUCUUGUACACGCAGAAGAGCCGAUACAGGCUCUUACGCAAUAUGAUUGCUAGCGUUGUGCUCCUCGGAUGUCCACACUCUUCUCUGCCCGAGACAAGGUCAAGCUUCAUAAAGAAGACACUGAAGAUUCUUGAGAUUGCAGCAGAGCGCCGUGGUCAGCGGAUCAAAAACAUUGCGCGCCUCGAGAGCCGACAGGACUUGGUUGACCUGUGCACUCAGUAUGAUUCAAUGGGCGGGAACGUCAACAUCUUAACACUUUACGAGACGAUGAGCACGAAAGUGUCGAGAGGACUUAGGCCAUCGUCAAUGGUCAGACUUGUCGAUGCCAACCUGGCCAGAGUGGAUCGGAAUAGGUUCGAGAAACUCGUUGAGGUUCAGAGCGAUCACCGCAGCUUACCUUUACUCAACGACGAGCCCUCAUCCCAAGGUUGGAGCGAGCUGGUAAUUGGGUACAUCCAAGUCUUGAUUCAACAAGCCCAGGAGAUUCGUCGACUGUCUCCUAGUCAAGAUAUGGAAGCAGGGAUUGAGAGCAGUGGUUUGGAACCAUCAACUCCUGACCAUCAGACACCAAAGCCUCACUUGAAAGAAUCCGCUUUCUUAGUUGACAUGUCAAUAUCUAGACAACGAAAUACCGAUUUCCAAGGGCGUGAGACUGUCCUCUCCAAUCUCAAACAGCACCUUCUAGACGGCCCACGAGUAGCCGUGCUCUACGGGAAAGGCGGCCUAGGAAAGUCCGAAACGGCAAUUGAGUUCGCAUAUCGCCAUCAGAAAGACUUUGACGCUGUGCUUUGGAUGCAAGCAGAUGAUCUUUCUAAACUUCGGCAAGAUUUUGGUACUUUCGCGGCGAGACUUGGGUUACAGCCAGAAGAUGUGGCCAAGGAUCCGUUCACUAGCAGAGAUAUCGUGAAGGAUUGGCUCAUCGACCCUCUCAAGUCGAAUGGCAGUGGCAGCCAAAAGGCGAAAUGGCUUGUGAUUUUCGACGGGGUAGACACGAUGGAAACGCUGAAGGAAUUCGAAAUUCUUUAUGGCAAAGGCUCAAUCCUCAUCACGAGUCGCCAUCCCGACCUGUUCUCCGCAUUCAAUCAAGAUCAGCUAUCUCUGCCAAAGGACCAACGAGUUGAGAUACGUGUUGAGAACCUGGACCUCUUCUCCGAAACCGAAGGAACAGCAGCGUUGAAGAAAUUUGCAGAAUUGGACAUGAAUGAAGACGUGGAUGAACAAGCAGCAAGAGAGAUCGUUGGCCUUGUCGACGGCUGGCCCCUGGCAAUUCGUCAAAUGGCUGGCAUCAUCCGUAACAACGACUUGACUUUGCCAGAGUUCUACGAGCGAUUCAAGAGCGAGCGCCGCGACGUCUCCGCGCAGCAAAUCUCGGAGCGUGAUACCAUGCUUUCCUCUAUACGCAUGGCUAAGCUCAGCUUGAACGCCAUGGCUCUGCUGCGAGUCUGCGCUAUGCUGGAUCCCGACUGCAUUCAGGAGUCUUUGUUCGUUAUGGAGACUGCAGUCGAAACGAUCCUGGAAGACUUCCCUCUCGCUACCAAGCGCUUCGAAGAUGCAAGAGACGAGUUACUGAGUGCCUCGCUGGUGCAACGAAAUGCGGAGAAGAAAGAGCUCUGGAUGCACAGGGUAGUGCAGGAUGCCGUUCGAGAUUCAUGCACCUCCAGUAUCUUUGAUCUUGCUUUUAGAGCUGCCGCUGCUUUGGUCAAGAAGGCAUGGAAGCCAGUGCCCCCAGGAGUGAGAGACAACGUCAAGCUGUGGGAGCCGUGUGCAGCAUUCUUGAGACAUGUGUUACAUCUACAGCAGGUCUUCGUGAGGACCAACCCGGUGGAGAUACCUUGUAAAGCCUGGCCUGCCAUUCAGCCCUGUUUCUCUUUUGCUUGGCUGCUCCAUGAAGUCGGCUGCUUGCAGAGAGGCUUAGGCGACACAUCAGGUAUCGAGAACACGCUCGUUCUCGCUCUUUCCGUCUGCGAGCAAAUCCCUCGAAAUGAACCAUUCGAUCUCCUCUGCGACAUCUACCACGGUCUAGGGGCUUGGGCCAACGAGACAAACCAUCCACAAGCUUGUCUGAAGUACAACACUCUUUAUCUCCGGAUAUGUGAAGAUGCGAAGAACGAACGUACCGCAGCUGCAUAUAAUCAAUAUGGCACUGGCCUUACGAUGGAGCGACGCUACCCGGAAGCCAUUCUUGCUUACGAGAAAUCCAUCGCACUCUACGCAAAGCUGGCGCUGGAGAAGCCAUGUCCCGAUUCUUUGCCAGUGGUCAACCUUGGUGUCGUGAAAUGGCUCAUCGGUGACUACGAAUCAGCUUGGACAAUACUCACAGCCGGACAACAAGCACGAGAAGAGGCGUUCGGGUUCAUGGAUCCGGAUUCGUUCCGCACAGGAAGGUUCUUCCACGCAUUGGGCAACGUAUGCUACGACCAAGGAAACAUGUCCAAGAGCGAGUUCUGGCAUACCCAAGCACUGGAUCAAUACAAACAGUCCCUCGGUCCAAGACAUCAUCGUACAGCUGACGUAUGUCAUAGAGUUGCAGAUCAUUACUUGAGGAAAGGGGAGAUAGACAAGGCCAGCUCCCUGAUAGAUCAAGCUCUGGGAAGCUGGCGGAUGGACCAGACUUCGUUCAAGCCUGAGAUUGCGAGGACUACUUGGCUCAAAGCCCGUGAACUUAGCCUGAGAGGAAACUUAACCGGUGCUUUAGAUUUGCAGCGGACGGCAGCAUUAAUGAGAGGAGAGCUCAAACCUGGCGAUCAGCGGCAGUCGAAGCACCUUUCUGACGCCGAUUUCGACGACCUGGUUGCAUUCUGGUCUCGUUAA